AACGGUUUUUAUUCAUCGGGAAACAAUAAUGUCUGCUUCUCAGUCACUCUGCUAUUCUCUUCUGUCCUAUCCAGCCGACACUGGAGUGUUACAGAUGUUUCAGACGUCGCUCUGAAGCUUCUUUUACCGCCGGUAAGACACUUGACUCAGUCUCCAUCCUACGUCGCCUCCCUGACCUGCCUGUGCAUUCACAAUGCAUUGCCAAAGGGUUUCGUGUCCCUCAGACAGACCAGCGUAACCACGGCUGCUGCCACUUCUCCAGCCAGACCACUCCACUCCACAGCAUCACCUCCAGAAGGUUAAGGUCCUGUCCUCAUUGAACUCGUCACUGUUUCUCUGAAACCAUGGCUGGCUCUGGAGACUUGCCAGCCAUAGAAGGCUCUGGGAUGGAAGGGAUGAAGCUUCCCAUCGGGAUGACCCGACGAGCCCUCAGCUACGAUGACAACCUGGAGGCCCCCAUGUCUACACCCCCCCAUGACAUCAGCAUCAACAACCUGUGGAGACGACCAGUCAUACCAGAGAGGAAGUUCCCCUACCUGGCAGAGGAGGAUGAGAGUGGUUCGGUGACUAUGUCUCACCCAGCGGUGCACAGCGCCCCCUCCAGGUCACCGACGGUCGUUAAAACCAAGGCGUCCUCCAUCAUCAUGAACUCUCUUAUCACCAAGCAGACUCAUGACAGUGUGUACAACUUUGAGCAGAGAGCAGGGCUCACUGACAAAAGCUACACCCCCCACAAAGGCCUCAUGGCCGAUGAGUCACGACUCCACCACCGCAUGCCCGAGUCUUUCCAGAAACUACAGAUUCAGAGCAUGGAGGUCAGAGACGAACGCCCCAACUCCUCAGCCCAGUCUACUCCAUCCAGCACUCCACACAGCUCCCCAAAACAACAGCGCAGGUACAAACACAGUUUGGAUGUUUUCAUUAGUUGUAACCAAGCAGCAAUCUCCUGAAAAGUGAAACGAAUG